UUUUCCUAUAGUUUUUAGUUUCAAACUGACGUUCAGUUUUGUAACAAACACUUCAUAAUACAGUUAGAGAUUUACUAAACAGAAUCUAAGCACUAAAUUAUGGCCAAAUCAAGCAAAUUGUUGACUAUGUUUCGGGUGUUUGUUAUCGUUUUGAUAUUUCCCUUCAGUAAUGCAUUUAUGGAGAACUUCGGCCAAAUGUUUGGCAAUAUGGGUGACUCCUUAUCCGGUUUUGUGGACAGUCUCUACAAUAACGUGGACUCGUGGGCCGACCAUAUCAUUCAACACGCAAAGGACGAGGACUGCGAGUUUAUAUGUCCGCACACGAAAAUUGCUGUCCAUAACACGUCUUAUGAACAUCACCCCAAAGGAUGCAAAACAUUUGGACUGAAGAUCAAAGAGUCAGAUCUGCCGAUCAAAGAGAUGCAACUCUGUUGUAAUGAACACCAGAUGUGUUACCAUAAAUGCGGAUCCGUUAAGAAUGAUUGCGACGACAAAUUCAACGAAUGUCUGUUCCAGAAGUGCAAAGAGACUCAGAAAGAGGAAACCCUUAUGAAAGGGUGUCGAACGGCAACAAAGCUAUUAAUGAUGAGUUUCCUGACGUUUGGCUGCAAGAACUAUAAGGAUUCACAGAAGAGCGCCUGUAUGUGUGUCGCCAGCGAUGAACUAUAGACCUAUCACUUAGAGGGUAUAGAAUAUUAGUUAGUUCUAUAUUAUAUUCUCUAUGUCUAUUGCUCUACCUCUUACACCCCCUACACAUACCAUACACUCCAACAAAACUUAUAAACUAUAUAACAAUUAAUGCUAUAAUUAUAUAUUUGUACGCAAUUUAGAGAAAUACAAG